AUGGUCAACCACGAUUCGCAGGCUGUUCUGGUCCCCAGCCAGUACCGUCCCAAGCCUGUCAUCACCUCAAAUCAGCUUGCGCGUCAAUUGCGGUCCUGCAAGGUCUGCCGGUUCCGCAAGGUCAAGUGUGAUCGCGUUAAACCCUGUCAUGCAUGCUGUGCUCAUGGAUAUCCCUCCAAGUGCACUUACGACGCCGGCCCCGAAGAUAGCCUCCAGCCGAUAAGCCAGGCGGAUGAAAUCCGUAACCUCCGAAAUGAGAUCCGUCAGCUGACGACUCAACUCAAUGCCCGUGGUACCCGAAACCGACGCCGCCUCGCGCAGCUGCAAGGCUUGGUUGAUACGAUUCGUUCGGCCCCAUCAGAAGUCGUCGAUGGUAUUAUCAGCAGUAUACGGACAACAAAUCGGGUCGUCACGCAUGCAAUCCAGCGCUCUAGACCGGGUGAAAGUGACGAGGAAGCGGAAGAUAGUAUCUACUUGCCGGCAGGCCAUCGUGAUGGCAGUCGAAGUUCAUCCGAGGACAGCGAGGAUUCGAGUUACGGCUCGAUUUGUCAAAUGAACACGACAAAACCGAUGCUCGAGGUAUUCAUUGAACGUUUCGUGGAUGCAUUCAGCCCAGAAGUCGAUGCUAAAGCAGGUCACGCGGGUGCACUACGACGCGCUGCCGAAAUUCGCAUGUUCUCACCAAUCUUGAUGGAUGCAUUCCAGUCCGUGUCGGUGGCUUUCUUCGGCCGAUCCGUUCAGAACAAGGAGGUCGAGGCAGCGGGUUUCAGUCUAUAUCCACGGGUACUUCGCAGCUUGCAGCAAGCGUUGCAAGACCCUGAACGUAGCAAGGCCGAGUCCACCCUGGUAACGGUCAUCCUCUUGAUGGCAUUUGAGAGCGUGGAGCGUACUACUCAAGUGUCUCUGAUUGCGCACGUCAACGGUGCGCUACGAUUGAUUGAACAUCGCGGUCCGGAGAAUCAUGUUCACGGUGUGGAGCAUUUACUGUAUACAGAGCUCCGACCAUACUGGGUAUCGGCGGCUCUCGUCAGCCGUACCCCUUCCUUUCUUGCUCAAGAGGACUGGAUUAAUCUUCCGUGGUCAGCUAAGACCACCAAAAAAGAUAUCUUGCAUUAUCUCAUGGACCUUGCUGUUGAAAUCCCAGCACUACUGUCUCAAUUCGAUGAUCUCCAAGCCACCCUCAGCUCGCAAAUGGCGAGUGCGCAUGAAAUCAAGGUCAAACAGGCAACCCUGUGGAACGGGGUCGCGGGCCUGACCAAUCGCUUCCGCCGGUGGAAAGUCGAGUGGGUCGACCGCUAUCCCGACGGACCGCCUCAAGAGGUCGAGGCACUGCCAAAUGACGAGUUUCCGGUGUUCCAAUGUCGGGAUCUUCGCACUGGUGCCAUCAUCACGCCGACUAAGUUUGUCUAUCCGGACCUCCGCCUGGCCCAGACCAUGUGUCUAUACUACACUACACGAUUGAUACUGUCAACAGCGGAUUGCCGACCGACAGACCGCGUCGGACCUGCCGAACAGUAUGCCUUGGGGUGCGGCAUCUGCCGAACUUUGGAAUGGUACAUCUUGACAGCCCCUGGUAACAUGAUUAACCGUCUCGCCUUUCCAGUCCGUGUGGCUUGGGAGGCCUUUCCAGACGGGGGGCCAGAGCGCCUCUUCAUGUAUAAUGUGCUCAAGCUGGUUGAGAAACGGCAUUCACUGGGACUUUGGGGUAGUGGAAUGUCCGAACUUUCUCCUCGGGCUGGUUCCCCUCCGGGCCCUUGA